CAAGUUAGUCCCACAACUCCGCGUCGCGUCAGCAACUUUGGCGAUUUUCGUGGCGUCCUUAUCGAGUUGUUGUUCACGACGUAAUGUCUGUUCCUUGCACCGAUGGUACACUGCGGCCCGUUCAAGUCGCAAAGCACAUGCUUUCGCGCCUUCUAUACCCUAACCCCGUCUGCUUCCUCACCACCGUCGCUCCACAAACUUCGUCGUCCGACGGCAAUGACGCGAACGCAGUGUGUGGAUGGAGGCGAAAUAUCAUGACGAUCUCAUGGUUAACACCUUUGGAUAACCACGGACACUUUAUAUGUUCAAUGAAAUCCACACGAUAUUCGCAUACCAUGUUGCUAUCGACCAAUGUCUUUGUACUAAAUGUGCCGGUGAAAGGAAUGGAGAGUCUUGUCACUGCCGUAGGAGCUUGUUCAGGUGCCGUCGUUGGUGAUAAAUUUGACCACCUGAACAUUCAAAUCUGUGCUCCUGGCUGGAUAAGUGACGGAGAAUGGCCUUCCAGUUCCUCGAAGACCUCACUUGAACAAGCCCCGCCAUCGACGCCAAAAUCUGCGAAACAAAAAGCUAUUCCCACACACCACCCUGUCCUGGCCAUCCCAUCUUGCGCGGCACACUUGAUAUGUCGUGUUGAGGAGCGGCAAGAACGAUAUGGACAUGAUAUACUAUAUUGCGUCAUAGAUCAAGGAUUUGUGAAGCAAGAGUAUUGGGAUGGGCGAAACUUUGCACCGACUUCCGAGAGUGUUCCACCUUUUCUCAGUUUUCUGGGAACAAAGCGAUUUGCCUAUACUGUGCCUGCAGUCACUGCAACGUAAUAUUGGACUGGCGAUGAUAGGGAAUCAUCUGUUUUUGUAGUUACACAUGCCCCUCUGAACUCGCCUUACAGAUCGCCCGUUUGACACUGCAUCUGCCAUAUUUGUAAACAUAAAUCGGGAAAAGCAUGUACAUACGUGAAGGAAUUCCGAUCCUCAACACUCUAUUUACAAUCACUCUCUGCACAUGUAUAUCUACCUUAAAACUGAUCAAGCUUCGUAACUAUACCAACACGAACAGCUUGAUCAAACGCAGCGAAAACGCAUAAACCUUGCUUAUCUGGACUCCAGUCGAAUGCAGCAACCGGCUGCUCCGCGACAUGUGCAUCGUUAAUAAGAUCAACACUGCCCGC